CCCCAGAAGGUAACUUCCCUUUGACGCCUCAGCUCAUCUGAAUCUAUCGGACGAGUCAAACCAUUACGAGUUGUGGACUAAAAUGGAUACUUUGUUUUUCCUUAUAUUUAUACUUUUUCGAUGUACUUCGUCAAACAGUUUCCUUAUUGUGCACACACCAAAGAAACUGUGCAUGUCUACCCACAACUCGACCGUCAUCCUUGGAAAAUGCAAUGUCGCCAGUCCCUAUCAACAAUGGGAAUGGACAAACGAUAUGAAGUUACAUCACACGCAGUCAUCGAAGUGUCUCUGGGCCAACACGAGCAAUGUGAUACCUAUGCACGCUCGCCUGGUCUCAAUCAUCAACUGUGACAGCGCACAUGCCUGGAAAUGUUACGACAAACAAGGGACUUUCGGGUUAGCAGAGAAGCCCAUGUACCUGAAGAAACAAGGUAUACGCGUUGUGAUUCGAGGAGAUCCGAGGUAUUCCAACUGGACAAAGCACGAAGAAGUCGACUCAGGAGGAGGACAGGUGAUGACACAUUUAUGCUCGAGUAAAGGGUCCACCACCAUCUCAACCACCAGAAUGUAUUCAUCCACACACAAACCUGUGGCAUACACCAGCACUGUCCACGCCAUCAGAACGGCCCCUGUAACAGCCAUAGACACUCACUCGUCAUCAAACGCUAUGAGAACCCAUAGUAGGACCACCCGUCAGAUCUCUAUGUUAACAGUUCCCAUCGCAACGCCCAACAAUGUGGUGACCUAUGAGUCUAUGGUGGCAACGCACACUUAUGACAUCGUCAAGACUCAGACGACGGGGUUCAUUCCCAGGUCCAUCUCAACGGUCAUCACGGCAUCUGGGACAGCUCUCAACGACAGCCAUGAUUUUAUCUUGUCCAGUCCUGCUUUGUCCACAACUGACUCUGCCAUGGACGAAACGGUGAACGCUGCCACCGAAAAUGCCCUCCUUGACUUGAGGAACGGAGCCAAGAUUCCACCAGUAAACCAAGCAACUUCCAGUUCCACACCCCCUAAUGUAGAUGAGCUGGUGUCAACUGCCUCUACCCCUACUGUGGUUUCCUCUAUAAUUUCCUCAGUGCCCAACUCAAGUGCUAUGACUGAUUCACCAUCCACUUAUGCAUCCGUAUUCGUUACCUCUGAUGCUAAAGUCCCAACUCCUGUUGCUUUACCUACCCCUACCCCUGAUUCCAUCUCUAAUUCUUCUGCUACCACCACACCUACCGAUACCACAACAUUGUCCACAACUAGGAAAGUACCCCCCAGAAAGACUGUGGUUCCAUCUACAACCAAAACCACAACAAUGCAGACUACAACACCCGCUGCCCCUCCUACUCCUACUGUCGGCCAAACCACUAUGACUACAGCAAAUCCCAUUAUAAAAGUAGCCCCACCCACAACCGCCAUAACCUCACCCACAAUAACUUCAACUCUGCCCACAGCCUCCUCACCUCCACCAACAACAUCUUCAACUUCGCCCAUAACAUCUUCAACAGUAAAGAUUACAGCUAAAACCACAAAGAAAAUAGCCCCACCCACAACCUCCACAGCCCCACCCACUACCUCUUCAACUCCACCCACACCCCCUCCAAUCACAUCUACAAAUGCCCCACCCAUGACCACUACAAUGCCUCCCACAACUACCAAGACUUUGGCCACAACUACCGUAACCACAACUACUGCAACCACACCCCCAACUACUGCAACCACACCCCCAACUACCUCACACACAACUACCACAUCCACAACAACCACACCCAUUUCUACCACAACAACCAUAGCUCCACCCCCAACUACCAAAACCACACUCACAACUACCACACCCACUUCUACCACAACCACUCCCACUACAACCAUAGCUCUACGCACAACUACCAAAACCACACCCACUACUACCACAACCACACCUACUACUACCACAACCACACCCAUCACAACCAUAGCUCCACUCACAACUACCACAACCACACCCCCAACUACCAAAACCGCACCCACUUCUAUCACAACCACUCCCACUACAACCAUAGCUCUACGCACAACUACCAAAACCACACCCACAACUACCACACCAACUUCUACCACACCUACUACUACCACAAUCACACCCAUCACAACCAUAACUCCACUCACAACUACUACAACCACACCCCCAGCUACCAAAACCACAUAUGCCACCAUAGCUCUACGCACAACUACCAAAACCACACCCACAACUACCACAACCACACCCACAGCUCCACUCACAACUACCACCACACCCACUUCCACAACAACCACAGCCAUAGCUCCACUCACAACUACAACAACCACACCCACCACACCUAUAGCUCCUACCACAACUACCACAACCACACCCACCACACCUAUAGCUCCACCCACAACUACCAAAACCACAACCACAUCUCAAACUACCACAACCACACCAACAACACCCACAACUACCAAACCCACACCCACACCCACAACCACCAAAACCACAACUACCACACCCACUUCUACCACAACCACACCCACCACAACCAUAGCUCCACUCACAACUACCACCACCACACCCCCAACUACCAAACCCACACCCACAACUACCACCACCACACCCCCAACUACCACCACCACACCCCCAACUACCAAACCCACAACUACCACCACCACACCCCCAACUACCAAACCCACAACUACCACACCCACUUCUACCACAACCACCACAACCAUAGCUCCACUCACAACUACUACAACCACACCCAUAACUACCACACCCACUUCUACCACAACCACACCCAUCACAGCCAUAGCUCCACUCACAACUACCACAACUACCACAACCAUAGCUCCACCCACAACUACCAAAACCACAACCACAUCUCGAACUACCACAACCACACCAACAACACCCACAACUACCAAACCCACACCCACCAAAACCACCACACCCACUUCUACCACACCCACCACAACCAUAGCUCCACUCACAACUACCACCACCACACCCCCAACUACCAAACCCAAACCCACAACUAUCACCACCACACCCCCAACUACCAAACCCACACCCACAACUACCACACCCACUUCUACCACAAUCAUAGCUCCACUCACAACUACUACAACCACACCCACUUCUACCACAACCACACCCAUCACAACCAUAGCUCCACUCACAACUACCACAACCACACCCCCAACUACCAAAACCACAACUACCACUUCUACCACAACCACUCCCACUACAACCAUAGCUCUACGCACAACUACCAAAACCACACCUACAACUACCACACCCACUUCUACCACAACCCUGACUACCAAAACCACACCCACAACUACCACACCCACUUCUACCAUAGCUCUACGCACAACUACCACACCCACUUCUACCACAACCCUGACUACCAAAACCACACCCACAACUACCACACCCACUUCUGCCACAACCACAGCUCCACUCACAACUACCACAACCACACCCCCAACUACCAAAACCAAAACCAAAACUACCACAACCACAGCUCUACGCACAACUACACCCACCACAACCACACCCACAACUACCACAACCACACCCCCAACUACCACAACCACAACUACCACUUCUACCACAACCACCAUAGCUCUACGCACAACUACCAAAACCACAACUACCACACCCCCAACUACCACAACCACGCCCACUACAACCACACCCACAACUACUAAAACCACAACUACCACACCCACUUCUACCACAACCACUACUACCACAACCACACCCACUACAACCAUAGCUCCAAUCACAACUACCACAACCACACCCCCAACCACACCUACUAAAAUCACUUCUACCACAACCACACCCACUACAACCAUAGCUCCACUCACCACAACUCCACUCACAACUACCCCAACCACACCCCAAACCAUACCCCCAACCACACCCCCAACUACCACAACCCCAACUACCACUACUACCACAACCACACCCACUACUACCACCACAGCCCCACCCACAACAGCUACAGCUCCAACAACUACUACAGUACCGACCACAGAGUUGACCACCACCCCACAGCUCGAGACCACUGAAGCAGUAAAGUGUUCAUUUAACCUGACUGAAACCAGCGCCAAUACGGAUUCUAUUGCACUGAAAUUAAUAACAACAGGAGACGCGUGUAACUUCACCGUGUUUUGUGAGACCAGUCGGUCCAAUAUAACGGAUUGUUAUCAAAAUGGGGAGUACACUAACGUGUAUAUCUGCGAUAUAAGGGAUUUGGAACCAGGAACAUUACACCAAUUCGAAGUUAUAUCGAAGAAUGAUGGAGAGAGGGGCAACGUAUCAGUGCGAACAGACCCAGUGGGUCCAUCCAGGUUGGACGUACUACCAGACCAGGUCCAGGCAACCCAGUAUAAGAGUCCUAUUCAGGCUCCCUCAGCAGUCAGCGGCCUCCGGCUCUCACCCUCCUCCAGCAGCCUGGGUGUUUCCUGGCAGCCCGGUCCAGGCAGGAGAGAGGGUUUCAGGGUGCUACUGAGGGAGCAGCAGGGCGCCCUAGUCAGGAACGUCACCCUUAAGAGUAGUGUCACCUCCCACACCCUUGACGACCUGUUGCCUGGGACCCUGUACACUGUCACCGUGGUGACUGAGGCUGAAGGCCUCCAGAACGCCAUCUCCAAACAAGCAGUCACAGUUCCUGUGGCAGUAACAGACCUCUUCUUGGAGAACCACAGCAGUCUGGACACCCUGAGGGCCUCCUGGGUCAGUGCUAGGGGCAGCGUGGAUGCAUACCUGGUCACCCUGGCAACCCUAGGCUCAGCCAACCAGGACAGGAAGCUUCCCCCCAACGCCACUGAGGUGGUCUUCAGCGGCCUGACCCCUGGACGGCCCUAUCAGGUGACUGUGAGGUCAAAGGUCGGAGAGCAGACAACUGAGGCAGUGGCCACAGGCAGAACAGUGCCAGACAAGGUGUCUCAGCUGUCCAUGGUGGGCGUCAUUGGUGGCAGCACUCUGAAGAGUACAUGGUCGCCCCCUAGAGGGGACUGGGAGAACUACCGUGUCCUGCUACUGAACGGCACCGUGGCUCUAGUCAAUGAGACAGUGAGCAGGCUGGUUAGACAGUACUCCUUCUCUGUAGCUUCCUUGGGGCUGGUGCCUGGCAGGCUCUACACAGCUCAGGUCAUGGUGGAGAGUGGUCUGUUUGGCAACACCGCUCAAUGUCAGGGGAGGCUAGCCCCUCGGCCUGUCCAGCAGCUGAUGGUCCGUCACGGUGAUGAAACGUCUCUGAGCGUGCUGUGGUCUCGCCCCGCGGGGGUGUGGGACGGGUACACCGUGCUCUUGAGACAGGGGGAUACUGUUGUGUCACAGAGGACACUGUCCCGUGACGCCAGGGAGUGCACAUUCAACGUCCUCAUGCCCGGACGCCAGUACGCCAUCGCCGUCACGACCAACAGUGGGGGCCUAAACAGCUCGGCUUCAGUGAUUGGACGAACCACCCCGGCGCAGGUGACCAGUCUGCGUGUGACCAACGGUGGCAGCACAGACAGCCUCCAAACCCAGUGGGAGCGGGCGGCCGGUGAGCUGGACUCGUACCGUGUGCUGCUCAUCCACGACAGCAGUGUGAUCAAGAACGAGAGCACCCCGGCCCACACCACGGCCUACAGCUUCCUGGCGCUGAAGCCUGGAGCCCUCUACAGGGUGGUGGUCACCACUGUCAGGGCCGGACAAGCCUCCAGGCAGAGCGUGGCAGAGGGAAGCACAGUCCCUGCUGCUGUAGGUGAGGUGACAGUCAGUAACAACGGUCGUAUGGACUUCCUCAGUGUGUCGUGGCGACCAGCCCAAGGCAACGUGGAUAGUUACCUGGUCACCCUGAAGGACCGCGAGAGGACAGUCCACACCCUGGUCGUGUCCAAGUCCAGCCCUGAGUGUGUGUUCAAGUCCCUGGUGUCUGGACGGCUCUAUAACAUCUCUAUCGUCUCCCGCAGUGGAGUCUACGAAAACCACACCAUUGUGCAGGAACGCACACAGCCCUCUAGUGUCCAAAACCCCACAGCGAUCCACUCGGCCAGGGAUGACUACCUGAAGGUGUACUGGCGCCAUGCAGCCGGGGACUUUGACUACUACCAGGUGGUCAUCAAGCACAACAACAUCUUCCACCAGAACAAGACGGUUACGAAGAGCCAGAACGAGUGUGUGUUCAACGGCCUGGUGCCCGGGAGACUCUACACGGUCAUCGUCAGCACCUGGAGCGGGAAGUAUGAGACCAGCAUGUCCACAGACGGAAGGACCUUCCCUGCGGCGGUGAGAUCACUAGCUCUGGCUGGGCGGGGCACGGAGGACCUUCGUGUCACCUGGUUGGCUGCUCUGGGGGAUGUGGAUCACUACGAGGUGCAGCUCCUCUUCAACGACAUGAAGGUGUUCCCACCCAUCACCCUUGGCAGCAGUGCGGGGGCGUGUGUCCUGUCCUCCCUCACCCCGGGACGCCUGUAUAAGAUCCACGUUUCCACCUUCAGCGGACCCAACCAGAGGGCCCAGUUCAUAGAGGGCAGGACAGUUCCCAGCAAGGUCAAGAACAUCCACGUGAGCAACAAUGGGCAGAGCAACAGCCUGAAGAUCAGCUGGACGCCGGGGCAGGGUGACGUAGACAGCUACUCUGUGUCGUUGUCACUGGACGGGCCAGAGGGACGCAUGCUGGAGACGCGACCCGUACCCAAACACCCAAAUCAGCUGGGGUUCAACUCCCUGCAGCCUGGGCAGCUGUACAGUGUGACUGUAAGGUCUAUCAGUGGUAUACUGUUGAACAACAACACGGCCAGCGGACGCACCGUCCCCUCUGCAGUGACGGGCCUGCAGGCUGACAACAGACACACCACCUGCAGUAUUCAGGUGAGCUGGCAGGAGGCCCGGGGAGUGGCGGACGGCUACAGCCUGCAGCUGCUGGACGACAGGGGACACCUGGUCACCAACAGCUCCCAGGCCUCGUCUGGGUCCACUCCGCUCCAGCACCACUUCGACGGCCUCACCCCGGGGAAGAGGUACCACGUCCUGGUCCACACCACCAGCGGAGGGGUCCGCAGUGGGGGGGUCACCGCUGAAGCACGCACGCGUCCGGCAGCAGUUAGCGACCUCUCCAUCCGGGCCAACAGCAGCAGCAGCCUGUCGUUCCACUGGUCUCCCCCAGAGGGAGAGUUGGAAGGUUACGACCUCUACCUGUACAAUGGAGACGACACCCUGUACGACCGGCGCAGCGGCCAGCCUAACACGCUGCAGGUCUCCUUCCAGGGCCUGAGGCCUGGUGCCUCUUACAGGAUGGUGGUGUUAACACGCAGCGGAGAGCAGACCAAUGACUCGGCUAUCUGGGCCAGGACUGUCCCUGCUGCAGUGACGUCUCUGCAGGCCCGAAGUCGUCCCCAGUCGGAGGAGCUCUGGGUGUCGUGGGAGCGUGCAGUGGGGGAGCUGAGCGGCUACCUGCUGUCUGUCUACAACCCAGAUGGCUCCCAGCAGGCAGAGGAGGCUCUAGGGCCCGACACCACGGAGCAUGCCGUCCCCACGCUGAUCCCCGGGCGCCUCUACCAUGCUGUCAUCCUCACCCGCAGUGGAGAGCUCACAAACAGGGCCACCACUCAGGGCAGGACCGCCCCCAGACCCCCUACCUCUGUGUCAUUCGGCGGGGUCACCAACACUUCACUGGAACUGACCUGGAGUGGUCCUGCAGGCAGCGACUACGACGACUUUGACCUGCAGUGGGAACCGCGGGACCACCUGUCUGUAUUCAACCCCUACCAUACCCGGACCUCCGGCAGCCGCAUCCUUAAGGGCCUGUACCCCGGGCGCUUGUACAACUUCAGCCUGCGUACUGUCAGUGGGGCUGUUGGUGGUGUUGGUGAGGAUGGGAGCCCGGCCUACAGCCUGCCCAUCCACAAGAGCAUCCGAACCAAGCCAGAGCGUGUUCAGUACCUACACUGCCGCCCCCAGAGCUCCACCUCCAUCUCCUGCUCCUGGGGCCCCCCGGAGGCCGACUGUGACUCCUACACCAUUGAGUGCCUCCACCAGGACUCCCGCACCCUGGUGUACUCCCGGCGUACGGGCCGUGACAGCACCCUCUACCACAUCACCCAGCUGGAGCCGCACAAACGCUACACCGUCUCCAUCAAGGCUAUCUCCGACAGCAUGACCAGCGAGGCCGCUGAGGAUAGCGUGGUCACCAUGAUCGACCGCCCUCCCCUCCCUUCCCUCAGCACCCGGGUUAACAACAGGGCUGCUCUCAUCACCAAAAACACCAUCUUCUUCAAGUUUAACUGCAGCUGGUUCAGUGACAUCAACGGAGCGGUCAAGUUCUUCACAGUGGUGGUGACCGAGUCUGAAAACAAUGAAAACAUUCAACCAGAGCAGCACCACCCUCUACCCUCCUAUCUGGACUACAAAUCGAACAGUUCCGUUAAGGCCUACCAGACCAGCUACUUCCCCAGCCGCUGCACAGAGGGAUCAGACAGCGAGACCCAGAGCUUUGCGAUCAGCCUGGGUACGGGUAUGGACACCCUCGGGGGGGCAUGUGACCACCUACAGGCCCAGGACAGGGAGCAGGACCCAGACAAACACAGAGACCACAGAGACAACCCUUUCUGUGAUGGCCCACUCAAACCCAAAACUGCAUACAGGCUCAGUGUGCGUGCGUUCACCCAGCUCUUUGACGAGGAGCAGAGCAGAUACACCCCGCCCCUCUACACAGACACUUACCUGUCCCUCCCCCUGGUCACAGAAGCAGAGCCCCUGAGCGGUGUGAUCGAGGGCAUCAGUGCCGGCAUGUUCCUCGUUGUCAUGGUGGUGGGAGUCACCGCACUGUUCAUCUGCAGACAGAAGGUUCGCAAAGUUAGUGUGCAGGAGCGGCGGGUGGUCCGAAUGAGCAUGAGGAGAGAGAGGCCCACAUCAGGAGUGCACAUGGGCGUCAGGGGUAACCGUCGUAUUUCAAGCCCCAUCAAGAUCCUGCACUUUGAGUCCCACUACACCAAACUCCAGGCUGACUCCAAUUAUCUACUGUCUGAGGAGUACGAAGACCUGAAAGACGUAGGAAGGAACCAGCCCCUGGACACAGCCCUACUGCCAGAGAACAGAGGGAAGAACCGAUACAACAACAUCCUGCCCUACGACUUGACCCGUGUGAAGCUGUCCUAUGUGGAUGAUGAUCCGUGCUCUGACUACAUUAACGCCAGCUACAUUCCUGGGAACAACUUCCGUAGGGAGUACAUCGCCACUCAGGGCCCACUUCCUGGAACCAAAGAUGACUUCUGGAAGAUGGUGUGGGAGCAGAAUGUCAAUAACAUUGUCAUGGUGACGCAGUGUGUGGAGAAAGGCAGGGUGAAGUGUGAUCACUACUGGCCCUUUGACCAGGAACCUUUGUAUUAUGGAGACCUCAUAGUCCAGAUGCUGUCUGAGUCUGUGUUGCCAGAGUGGACUAUCCGGGAAUUCAAGAUUUGCAGCGAGGACCAGUUGAACUACUCCAGGGUGGUGCGUCAGUUUCACUACACGGUGUGGCCCGACCACGGCGUCCCAGAGACCACCCAGUCACUAAUCCAGUUCGUCAGGACCGUCAGGGACUAUAUCAACAGGACCCCUGGGUCUGGGGCCACCGUAGUUCACUGCAGUGCUGGUGUGGGCCGUACAGGGACCUUCAUAUCCCUGGACAGAGUCCUGCAGCAGCUGGACACCAAGGACACAGUAGACAUCUAUGGCGCUGUCUUCGACCUGCGCCUCCACCGCUCACACAUGGUGCAGACUGAGUGCCAGUAUGCGUAUCUCCACCAGUGUAUGAAAGACGUCCUCCGAGCCAGGAAGCUUCGCAGUGAGCAGGAGAACCCCCUCUACCCCAUCUAUGAGAAUGUCAACCCUGACCCCCAAAGAGAUAUGGUGUAUGCCAGACGUUAAAGAUUGUAAGGACUACUGAAGGAGAGAACUGUUUGUACUUUCACUAGUAUAGCACUGCAGGGACACAUGCCAAUUCAAAUGUUCUACUAUUUCUGUUGAUUGUUCUUUUCGAGAUAUUAUGAAAUAUAGAAUACUUUAUGGCUAAUAAAUGAUAUAGGAAUAUAUAUUAACAGAAUUGUAUAUACUUGCCUUAUAUCUGUGUGUUUGUAUAUAUGCUUUACAUUUGCAUCAUUGGCUUUCGUACACAGUGUUUUCAUUUUGUUUGUUAAGCUGCCAUUUAUACAUUAUUACGUGGCACAGACCAAAAACCUGUAAAAAACCUGUAAAAAAUCUGAUACUGCAUAAGUAAAAAUGAUCUAACAGUGUUCACAUAUCUACAGUAAAUGUACAGGCUAUUGCAUCUUUCACAAGUCACAUUUUUGUCAAAUGUUAGACAAAAAUGCUUUCUGUUUGAAAUUAUACUUAUUUUCAUAAGCAUUGAAAUCAUUCAAAAAUAUCUGAAAUAUGUACAGUAUGUAGAUAAACCCAUUGCACAUUUAUUUGUAGAUAUUGUACAGCCCGUGCGAUAUAUUGCUUGAAUAGAAAACUAGUCAUGCAAAAGGAUGACCAUAUGAGUUAUGAAAGCACACAGUUUAUGUUGUGUAAUCCAUAUAUGUAGCUUGUAAGAUAAUAAUGAUUUCUGUGUAUAUUUUGUGUAUUUUAACACAUAAUUUUUAUGUAUUUAAAAUCAUGUCAUGGAACUACAAAUCACACACAUCUACAAUGUGCAAAUCCACAACCCACACAUUGGCAAACAUGAUUGUAAUCAUAUGAGUGAUUGAUGGAUUCUGUGAAUCGUUAAACAAAUUAUAGUAGUUACUGUAUGCAGUUUCCCAUUUUGCAAUCUAAGUAGGCCUAUAAACAUAUCAAGACGAGGGCAUUAAUAUAUUAUUUGAGUGUUUCAAUAAAAAACUUAGAUAACUAAAAAAUAUAAUUGACAAUUAUUUAUUCAUAUAAUACAUUUAUUAUGGAGUCAUGAUUUGGGAGAUG